UAACUGCUUUAUUCGAAACGCGAGUAACGCAUAGCAGCGCAGGAAGCGCUUAUAAACCCUGCAAUGUCCGUACGUGUAAUUCAUCAAGCGCAGAACGUGUAGCCGUUUAUCGGGCCCCCUAAAUUAACCGUGUACUCCUUUUCGAAGCUGCCUGUCUUUGCUGGAUCCCCCACUGUGUGUGUACGAAUGUGCAUCCGCUUACGACUUGUCUUGAGCUCUGUGCGGUGAGCUGGGUGGCUGUGGUACAGUUCUAGCAGCAUAUGCUAAAACGGAGCGUGGAGACUGGAAAGAUUUAAGCAAUAAAGGUUUUAAAUAAACACAGAGCGAGCGAGCGGGCACUCAAGCUAUCUGCAGUGAGUGAGAGAGAAUCUGUUAUCCUUUUACGAGAGGGAGGGGGAGGAGGGACGCGGAGAAUGAGUUAUUCCUGUGCCAGCACAGAGGCUGUCUGCAGUAGCCAGGACGCAUCUAACAGCUCAAAGUCUAGCACUGCCGGUCUUAAUCCUAGUAGCACCGGGGGCGGCAGCGGCAACGGCAACAGCAGCUCCCGUGGGAAUCAGGCGCAAAGUAACCCCAACCCAAACCGACGAGUACCGGCAAUGAAAGUGAAAAAGGGGUGCAACUCCACAGAAACGGGACUCAUCCCGGCCACAACAGAGGAAGACCUGCUAAGGAAUGCAAUCAUAACUCCGGAGGAUGUACUCGGGCUGCAGAAGAUCACUGAAAAUUAUUUAUGCGCUCCAUCAGAAAACGUUUACAGCAUCGACUUCACCAGGUUUAAAAUCCGGGACUUGGAAACCGGGACCGUGCUGUUUGAAAUCACCAAGCCUCCCGCAUUGGAGAGAGGACAGGGGGAUAAGAAAGACUUUGACCCCAACGCCGGCAGGUUUGUCCGCUAUCAGUUCACUCCCGCCUUCCUCAGACUUCGCCAAGUAGGAGCCACGGUAGAGUUCACUGUCGGGGAGAAGCCCAUCAAUAACUUCCGCAUGAUCGAGAGGCAUUACUUCCGUGAGCAGCUGCUCAAGAGCUUCGACUUUGAGUUUGGGUUCUGCAUCCCCAGCAGUAAAAACACGUGUGAGCAUAUCUACGAGUUUCCCCCGCUCUCUGACGAGAUCAUGCAUGAAAUGAUCCUCUAUCCUUACGAGACGCAGUCUGACAGUUUUUACUUUGUGGAUAACAAGCUGGUGAUGCACAACAAGGCAGAUUACUCCUACAGCGGGGCACCUUAGGAGAGGAGAGAGGACGAGGAGGGGAGGAAUGAAAAGGGGACACACUCGCCCACCAGCUUCUCUCUACUACACUAGCAGAACAUCAGAGAACCUGGAGUUAGCCAGCUUCAAUGACAAGAAGCAGCAGCAUCGGAACAUUCCAGCGGUACCUGUUAUCUCAACGCAGCCACACACACACGCACGACAGUCCCACACACACACACACAAGUGGGCACAAGCUAAGCACAUUGCAUUUUAAUGUGCACAUGUACCUUUCCAGUGCGUGCGUGCGUGUGUGUGUGUGUGCGUGUGAAAUAACCACUGAUUUAAAUUGGUGUUAUCAGAAUUUUGACAGAGGUUAUUCAUAAAAACAAUAUUAUUUUCAGAACCUGCUUUGGUUGUGGAGGUGGAAGUUCACGCAGGGGGUGAAGAGUUAAGAAACAGCUUCCUUAUUAGUUAAGUGAGUGUAACGUUCAUGUAAUUUAUCAGCAAUGACAACCUAAACCAAUUGUCAAGCGGAUAAGUUGUCUUUGGUGAGCAGAUAUUGAAUAGACGUUUAUCAAAGUGUAUUAACCACUUCACCUCCCCAGAACGACUGUUACACAGUAUGGUGAUGUACUUCACCAGAAGAACUUCAAGUAUAGCACAACCAUCCACCUUCUUGUGUGAUUACUCAUAUCCACACCCAAUUCAGGGACGAGAACAAUACCGUUUUAUUAAUAUAAAUAAAAGCACUGUAACCAAAACAAUCAUUAUUUGCGGAUCAAUGAUAUUUUACUGUUGCCGCUUGGUUUGAAACGCACCAACUAUCCCAGUAUGUCAAACACAGCUGAAAAAAAUAAUCUGAAAAUAUCCCACAAAUCAGUGCAGAAGUACAUGGUGGUUUUGUUUAGAAUUAAAUUCAGCGAAGUGUGUUUCCGUAUGUGUGUGUGUUUGCGUGUGACGGAAUAAGAAGAACUAACAUCACAAUCAGGAACUAAUUUGUUAUGCUGCGAUGCAGUUUGACUGUUAUACUUGGUGUAUCAAUUAGGGUUAGAAACUGAUUUCCAUUAACACGUGAUCAUGGAUCAGUGUUGUCUUUAUCACGCAGUUCAGACGCUUGUGUGUGUUUGUGUAUGCAGACAUAUCCAUAGCCAUUAAAGGCUGAUACUUUUUUAUUUUUAUUAACAAAAAUCUUAACAAUUCCAAAUUUGCAUUGUUUUAAAAUAAAAUAAAAAUAUUACAGAUGAUGGCACGCAGACCUGUUUUAAUAAAACUGUUUGCACCACGUGAACAUCCAAAUCAAUAAGGGUUAUUUAUUGUAUUUUAUUGUACUUUUUAUAGGAUAUACUGCAGUAUAAAAGAAAAUAGGUAGUGCUGUCAGUGCUUUGUUGUUUAUGACUAUCCCUGCUUGGGGUUUAACAGCAUUUGUUCUAAAAAGAGUCAGCCCAAUCCUUUUAAGGAGUAAACAUUUUCACUUUUUAUAUAUACAUAUAAAAACCUGCUGUUACAUAAACAGCCUACAUAUAAUGGAUCAAAUGGAAGGGGGGUUAUUUGGGUUGAUUUUAAAUGAUGUCAAUAAGGAGAAUAGUUUAGGAUCAAAGGUCUCCAUUUCAGUGGGGCAGAAAAACAUUCCAUAAAGGCUACAGCACAGACAGACUAUCAGCAGCAUUUUUAUAUAGCAAUAUUUCAGUUAAAAUAAUCACAAUCAUGCAUUUUAAAAUAGGAUGCGCAAUUCUACAGGAAUUCUACUAAGAAAUAAUACAAACAAACACCACUCAAGCACUUUCAGCUAAAUGGGAAAAAACAGACCAAGAUACCUUCCGGUGAAAAAUACUCUGUGUCUGCGUUUCUUUUUCUUACUACUGUAUGUCUUUGAUCAGCCAAGAAAAGCAAAACUAAAAUCUGCACAAUUAAAAUCUGCCCCAGCUUUUGCCAUGUAGCUGUUUUUUUGUUCACUGAGGCUAAGAAUGACCCUGAGAGAUUUGAGGCACACGCUGUAUUCAGAGUGCAGUUAGUUCUGUUACAUGUCAAAGGAUGAUUCAACCUCAGUCAUGUAAUCAACGUCCUCAUCAAUUUCAAAAAGGCAAAAAAAAAAAAAAAAGCAAAACCGUGGGAAAUCAUUUCCCUCCUUCCAAAUCCUCUUGAGUGUGCAAUCCCUGUAGCCAUUCUAAUCACCACCCUCAGAAAUCACCAUGUGCAUAGUACAAUGUAGUUAGGUAGAUGAACGUUAAACCUGGAUGUGUUUUAAAAUGUUCUCAUGUAAAUCUGCCUGAAUGUAAAUCCCCCUUCAAAAAAGAGUGGCUUUUUAGCUACAGAUGUGUUGUAGAUCCUUACAAAUACUAUUGUGUCUUCACAUGUUGUAUUGUGCUUCACAGCUUGGUUUUGGAAAGAUGGAUUGUCCUCUCACUGUAUUGAGUGCUCAGUGACCACAAGGCAAAUAACAUGAACUGGUGGAAAAAAAAAUAAUCACUGGUCAUUUCAGUAAAGCGGUAAAGCAUCUAAUGAAACCGGAUCUCUGGUACUGAAUAAUUUGUGUUUUUAUUUUUAGGAAAUGAAUCUGAACUCAUUACAAAUCUAUUGGUCCUAAACGCUAUUGCUUGUGGUGCUUACUGAAGUAAAAAAAACAGAAAACAGUGUCAGCUUUACCAGUCACGCACAGUAUGAAGAGCACACUUGUGAGUACAAUGAGGUAGAUCACAUCUUUCCUUACCAGGGAUAUAAUGUAUUGCCAGUCUGGAAAAUAAAUAUAUAUAUAUGUGAUUUUUCUUUUUUUAAUAA